AUGUAUAUACCAAACUACUACUUAGAUACAAUGGAGGACCUAUUGUGGUGUAGUGGUGAAGCUGCAGUGAGGUGGGGAGGGUGUGGGAAUAAUUAUAAUUAUGUGGUAUACCAUAUUGGGAUGAUGUUUUGGGUGUUGUGGGGUAAUUCCCACAGUCAAAUUGCGCUGCUGGUAAUUGCCAUCAAAAGUGUCUAUGGUAAAACUGGUAGUUCCCAUUUUACUAGAUGGCUAAGUGACCUUAUGCUUGAAAAGGAAUGGGAAGGGGAAUUCAACCUGUUCCGGCUGUUUGACCGCGGUGAACUAAGUCCAGUGGACUGCGCACUUGAGGAGCUGGUGCAAGAACUAUACGCCGUGCCUGAGAUGCGUUUUGAGGAAACUAAGGACCAAUUCAAGUUAGUUGAAUUAAACGGACAACAGGUGGCAGAAGGCACUUACCCAUCUAUUCAACACAACACCGCCAUCAUGCGAGACUUUAAGAGGAUGAUCCCCAAGCCAGUGGUGAUAGUCGUCCAGAUCAAUGGACGACCCACGCGUGCACUCGUAGACACGGGGUCACUGGCGGACUUUAUAUCGUCUACACUGGCAGAUCAGCUGAGAGUGAAACACAUGGCACUAGAAAAACCACUCACUAUUCAGCUAGCUGUUCAGGGCUCGAGAUCCCACGUGAACUUCGGAACGAGGGUACAACUUGAGUAUCAGAAGACGCAUAUGAGGAGAACCUGGACAAGGCACGUCAACAACUGUUCGAGUGGGCUAAGCCCCUGUGCGCUAAAGCCAGUCAAACGGGCUUACCUCCGUUACAUGUGA